AUAUCAUCAAUUAUUUUGAAUAUUUUUAAUGGUGGUUUGUUUUAAGUGGUUUGGUAUUCAAUCAUAUGAGCCAAAUCACUCAAAUAAAUUUACUAAAUAUCAUAGACCUUUUGGUUCGCUAUUUUUCAUAUAAUAUUCAGUGAAGUUUCAUCAUUUAAAUAUCACAAUGAUGAAAGAAGAAUCAUCGGAUGAGCAAUCAUCUUCAUCAUCGUCUGGUGAAUUAACACCAAUACAUAAACAACAAAAUAAAAAUGAAAACCUGAAUGAAGAAUUUGAACUGGAUGAACCAGGCAACGGAAAUUCAACAAAUGAAAAUGAUCGUGUAAAUCCAACAUUAUUAUCAUCUUUGCAUAGUGUAUUAUUUGUUAUAAGUUCAGCAUUGAUUGCAUUCACUGCAGCCAGAAAUACAAUAACAUGGCAUAUGCAAAGAUUUUGGGGUGCAUCGGGUGAUUUUUGGCAAUCACAAUGGGAUCGUAUAUUAGAUACAAUCGGUGAGGAUCCAGUCACAUUAUGGGUAUUUGGCAGUACAAUAUUAACAAUAACUGUAUAUUGGUUAUUUGGUGGUAUUUAUACAUUAUUAGAUAUAACAAAUAAGCCAUCCGCAUUACGGCGAUAUAAAAUACAACCUGGUACUAAUGAGCCUGUUAAUACAUCACGACUAUUGAAAGUAAUCAGUUGUGUUUUAAUAAAUCAAACAUUAGUUGGUAUUCCAUUAGCUUAUUUAAGUUAUUUGAUUAUGGAAUGGCGAGGCUAUCCAUCUAUACGGGAUUUACCAACAUUCCAUUGGGUAUUAUUUGAAAUGGCUUGCCAUAUAUUAAUGGAAGAAAUAGGAUUUUAUUAUUCACAUCGAUUUUUACACAGUCGAUAUUUAUAUAAACAUAUUCAUAAACAGCAUCAUGAAUGGACUGCGCCCAUAGCAGUUACAGCAAUAUACUGUCAUCCAUUGGAACAUAUAUUCUCAAAUUUAUUGCCACCAUUUUUAGGUGUUGUUGUAAUGGGCUCACAUGUGGCUACAUCAUGGCUGUGGUUUUCAUUAGCUAUUUUAUCAACAUUAAAUGCACACUCUGGUUAUCAUUUACCAUUUUUCCCAUCACCAGAAGCCCAUGAUUUUCACCAUUUGAAAUUCAAUCAAUGUUUCGGUGUAUUAGGUGUAUUAGAUCGUUUACAUGGUACCGAUAAGUUGUUCAGAUCUACACGUGCAUAUGCACGCCAUAUAAUGAUGCUAAGUUUUAUUCCAGCACGUGAAGCUUUCCCUGAUCCACCAAAAACAUGUAAAAAUAAAAAUUUAAAAUGUGCAUCAUAAAUAAUAAUUAUUAUAUAAUAUUUAAUUAUAUAAAGGUAUAUUAUAAAGCAGUCAAAAUUGGCAAACACAAAAAAAUGGAAAAUUUCGAAACAAGAAAUUUGUUUUGUAGAAUCGUAGAAAAGGGUAAAAAAUUAAGCUUCUCGUUUUUAGAAUAGCCAUCCCAUAUAACAAUUAUCGAAAUGCUACCCUUUAUUUUACAGAAAUGUGUUUAAAUAACAAAUCUGUUCAAAACUUAAACCCUUAUAAAUUUUCAAAUACAAAUUCGAAAUUUUAUGUUUGGUGGUUAUAAGUGGUGGUUCAAAGGUGGCACAGGAAAUGGACUGGACAAACAAAUGAAUGUAAACCUGAUAUGGGUGGGACACAAAGAUACAUCCCUGUGAUCAAUAGGCAUCCGGGAGUUCCGUUUGCGUAAUGUAAGCUGCUCCUGAAUGAGGAUAUCUUAAAAAAGGUUACUUAGAUGAAGAGAGGUACGCGCUUGUGUUACUACAAGACAAAUAUGGUCUGAGUACAAUCAGCGAGGAGGAGGAAGAAACGAUGUCUCAUCUAUUAUGUCACUAUCCUACUCUUGCCAUGAGGUGAUGGACUCACUUGUGUCAGCCUUUCUUUUUGCGACCUCCACAAACUGAAGUCCGUUGACCUUAAAGUCUUGCUGUUCUUAAACAAGCCCCCAAUGAAGUAGUGGCCGGGAAUGGACCAACACUUUUUCGGUAUCACAACGGACCCUUUAGUCAAAGGAGCCCACCCAGACCAUUCGCUCUAACCUAACCUAAUAUACGUUGAAAUUAUGGUACCUACAAUUUCUCUUUUUUCUGGGAUGAAAAUUCUUAAAACGGCAAGCAUAAUUUUUUUAGCUUUUCUAUUUUUCUAUCAAAAAAAAAAUUUCUUAUUACAAAAUUCUCCCGAUAAUUUGUAUUUU